AUAUUCUAUAAACGAAGAUGAAAUAGUCGCGUUUUAUUGUCGUAUUACGACAAAAAAAAAAAGAAAGAAAAAAAAGAACACCAUUGAAAAUAUUUUUUUUUUGCGCUGCAAUUUGAAGUAGUGUAGAAAUGAACCGAAUCGUACCGAGGUGUGUUACGCUUUCCAGUAGCAGACAUUACAACGUCAUCAGUUAGCCGUCAGUAGUUCAUCUGCACGCUUUGAAAACAUCUCUGGUAGAGCGGGCAUUUCGCGGGAAGACAAGUCGUAGCAAUAACAAACGUUGCACCGAAUUCAAGACAUUUGCUUUUAGAGUCCCAUUAUAAUAAGACGACCAAGGUAAGCGCUUCAGCUUCCAACGUUAUACACGUUUUCAAAACAACACAUGACGUUCGGAAGCGGCCACUUGCUAACUUCAUUGCCUUGCUAGCAAUCUCAACGGGCGUCAUGCUUAUGAACGACAUGGCCACUUCACUCGAACUUUUGGAAUGCGUCAAUAGGGCCAGCAUGUUCUCCGAUCUGAGCGCGCCGAGAGACGGCUCCUCUCUUCUGCGCCGCCCGGCCGAGGACGCGGCGCCCGUGUUUGAGAGGGCUUCCCCGGCCUACACUCCCUGCUCGGAGCGCUUCGGAGUCGGCGAGCGGAGUUUCAAUCGUCAGUAUGCUCAUAUUUAUGCAGCGCGACUCAUGCAGAUGAGACCUCUACUCACGGAGAAAGCCCAACAGAAGUGGGGGUCCGAUGUGCUUGUCCGGACACUGUGUGAUCUUCAGACCGGGGAGCAGUGUUGCAUUGUGGGAACUCUGUUCAAGCGUAUGGACUUGCAGCCAUCCAUUCUAAAAGAGAUCAGUCAGGAGCACAACCUGCUGCCCCAGCCUCCACGCGUCAAGUACAUCAGCGACAAUGAUGAGCUGAUUCUGGAGGAUGAGCUGCAGAGGAUCAAACUGGAAGGCAAAAUUGACAGGGAUAGGUGUGUCACAGGUAGUGUUAUUGCUGUAUAUGGAGCUGAGAGGAAUGAUGGGAAGUUCACAGUGGAGGACCUCUGCACAGCUGAUCUCCCCGCACAGACCGUAAGACCUGCACUCAACGCUGACAGAUUUGUUCUGCUCGUCUCAGGGCUGGGUCUCGGUAGCAGUCAAGCAGACAGCAUGCUGGGCCUACAGCUGCUGGUCGACAUGGUAACGGGUCAACUCGGCGACCAGGGGGAGCAGAGCGGAGCGGCGACGAUUUCGAGGGUCUUGAUGGUGGGAAACCUCCUAAGCCAAAGCACGCACGACAAGGACGUCUCGAGCAAGGCCAAGUACCUGACCAAAAAGACUCAGGCUGGCAGCGUGGAGGCCAUUCGCUUGUUGGACGAGCUGCUGCUCCAGCUGGUGGCCUCGGUCCCAGUGGAUGUGAUGCCUGGCCAGUAUGACCCCACCAACUACACGCUGCCUCAGCAGCCUCUGCACCGCUGUAUGUUCCCUUUGUCCUCGGUCUACCCCACACUGCAACUGGCGUCUAACCCGUAUCAGGCCACUGUGGACGGAGUGAGGUUCCUGGGCACCUCAGGCCAGAAUGUCAGUGAUAUCGAGCGGUACAGCAGCAUGAACGGUCAUCUCGAGAUUCUGGAAGAAACGCUGCGAUUGCGCCACCUCGCUCCGACAGCCCCGGAUACCCUUGGUUGUUAUCCAUUUUACAUGAAAGAUCCGUUCAUCUUGGAAGAGUGCCCGCAUGUUUACUUCAGCGGGAACGCCCCAGCGUUUGAGUCAAAGCGCCUUACAGGUGCUGAUGGCCAGGAAAUCCUUUUGGUCACCGUGCCAAAGUUCCACAGCACCCAAACGGCAUGUCUUGUCAACUUGCGCACUCUCGAUUGCGAGCCAAUCAGCUUCUCGGCCUUUUCUGCGGGCGACGACGACGAGAGCGAGAUGAACAUCAGCCACUGAGGGGAGCGUAGUCCCGUCACAGUACUCGAGUAUUGUGAGGUUUGCCUGAAUUAUAUCUGCCUUCUUUUCAAGUUGGUCUGUGAAAGCCUUUAUUGAUUUGAAACAACUUCCACAUGAGAUCUGCCGGCCAUCUUAAACUUUCAGUGACAUACUGUAAAAUGUAUAUUUCAUGGAGAACGACAGUGUCAAUAAUUACAUCUUGAAUUAAAAAAAAAAAAAAAAAAGUUGCUUUUAAUGUGCAUCUGCAAUUAAAAAAAAAAAUUCACGUAUAAAAAGACUGAAUAUUGUGUCAGAAAGACGCAGCAUGAACACACGGAAAAGAUGAUUAAUUUUCUAGUGUUAUACAAUAUACAAUUGUUAAAGAUUUAAAGUUGAAGAUGUGAACAUUGUUUAUUCAAAAGCCCUGUUACCACCAAGCAGUACAGUUUGUGUCAGUUGCAGUUCCUUUGUAAAUAUUUGUUAAGGGUACCGAAAAUAAAUUAUCCACACAAUA